CCUAGAUAAGUAGUAACAUGCAUAGGGUAAUAGAGUGUGUAGCUCCGCACUUCCCCGGCAGCGUAGUGUAGUCGCUGCAUCAGCGAGCUGCUACUCAAGCCGCACUCUCCAAGCAACGGCGUCCACAUCCGUGCGCAUCGCUGCAUACUUGGUCAUUGCAGCCCGAUCGCCUUACUUUCCAUUUGCGCCCGUCCCCGGCUCCGGACCGCCGACGCCCGUCCAGUCUGGACCAAAAGUGAACCCCUAGGACACCGCAAAACACGCACACGACGCCAACGCACCCAUGUCGAACGGCGCCGCGACCCAGAUGAACGAGAUCAUGCAGGCCGGCCUCAACAAGGCCGCCGAUUUGUUGGACAAGGAGGAGUUCGACGAAGCAGCAAAAGCGGCCGACGACGUGUUAUUAGGCGCGCGGCUCUCCGUAUUGUCAAAGUGCGCGUUGUUGCGAGGCCGCGCCAUCCUGGGGCCGCUCAUGAAACGCUUAGAAGAUGACAACGAGACGGACCCGACGGAGACGGAGUUCCGGGAGGCCUGGGUCAUGUUCCAGCUCGCUUUGAGGUUUGUGCCCGAGAACGAAGAGGCCCAAGAAGGCCUCAAAUUAUUAUCGGGCGUCGUGAGCGACCUGCCCGAAGAAGAGGUCACGUUCGAGCCGAACCACGGCGAGGACUUAGAUGUGAUUAUUGUUGGAGCGGGAGCCUCAGGCAUCGGCGUCGCCCUGAUGUUGACGGGCUUAUUCGGCUUAGAACCCGACCGGGUGCUCCUCGUGGAUCGCGGAAAUGUGGGAGAAACGUUUCGCAAGUGGCCCAAGGAGAUGCGCUUCAUCUCGCCGUCGUUCAACAGCCAGGGCUGGACGCAGUCGUUCGAUCUGAACUCAGUCGCGUACGGCACGUCGCCGGCCUUCACGCUGCACGCGGAGCACCCGACGGGCAACCAGUACGCUGAUUAUCUGGAAGCUUUAGCUGAGACCAAUGAGUUGAACGUCAAAACGGACACGGAAGUCGUGAGCGUAAAGCCCUUCGACGACGGGUUCGACAUGGACGCCCAGACGCUGUCGGAGCAGAAGGCGGGCUUUGAGGUCGAAGUGCGACCCGCCAAAGGCGGCGUUUCUACCAAAUUGCGGUCGAGGUUUGUGGUCUGGGCCGCCGGCGAAUUCCAGUACCCGCGCGCGAUGACCGAACCGCUCUUCCCCGGUUCGGAACUGUGUCGGCACAAUUCGUCGGUCCGAAGCUGGUCCGACCUUGCUGGAGACGAUUUCGUCGUGAUCGGGGGCUACGAGAGCGGCAUGGACGCCGCGUCGAACCUCUCGCAGUGCGGGAAGCGGUGCACGGUCGUGUCGUCGACGGCCUGCUGGGACGUGAGCACCGAGGACCCCUCGACGGAGUUGGCGCCCUACACGUCCAUGCGCAUCCGGCAGGCCUGUGCUUCACCGAACCCGCCCAGACUCUUAGCGCCCUUGCGCGUCACUUCUGUCGAGAAGGACGACGACCAAUACGUCGUCAAGGCGACGUGGGGCGCGCCCGUCGUCCAUGAAGGUGGAGAGAGAAGAGAACCGGUGCAGUCCGCGGACAUGGUCGCGGAGUUGGCGAAACUGAACCAGACCGAGGGCACGGAGUUCAUCCUGAAAACGCCCCAACCGCCGUUACUCUGCGCGGGCUUCGCCGGAUCCGUGAAACUCGGCGUCGCCAAGGACUUGUUCGCGUGGGGCGACCCGGCGAAGGAGCAGGGCUUCGAGGACCUGCCGGUCUUUGAUGCGGAAAGCGCCCGCAAAGAAGCCAAGGGCAUGAAGGUCGCGCAGCUGCGGGAGGAGUUGAAGGCCAUGGGCCAGCCGACGGAGGGCACGAAGCCCGAACUCAUCGAGCGGUUGGUGAGUGCGCACCAGGCCGAGGCCGACUCCGAGGACGAAGCGAUGGAGGAGGCCAAGGGCUGCGCCGAGGGCGCGCCCUUGCUCAAUAAAUUGGACGAGUCGACGACGACGCCCGGCUUAUUCCUCGUGGGGCCGGCGGUCCGCCACGGCGACCUCAGCUUCUGCUUCGUCUACAAGUUCCGCCAGCGCUUCGGGAUUGUGGCCGACGCCAUCGCCAAGGGUUUAGGAAGGGAGACGGCCGCGGCCGUGGACGCCGCGCGGGACAUGAACAUGUACCUCGACGACUUCGAGUGCUGCAAGGCGGCCUGCGGCGAGGCGUGCUAGGAGUGUCCUCCUCCCCCAAGUCUAAGUUAUAUUUGCCUGUG